GAUCUGUGGACACUUUUUUCCUAAGAAAGUCUCUGCCAUGAAGAUUCAUCUCUUUUUUGUUAUUCUGCUCCUCUGGGUCACGAUUUUGCCAGCCAGAAAGAAAUAUCCCCAGUAUGGUAGCUUGGAUUUGAGGAGAGAGUGCAAAAAGGGUAAUGGUCGGUGUAAAAAUGAGUGCCACGAGAAUGAAAUUAGGAUUGCUUACUGCAUGAGACCUGCAACUCACUGCUGCUUGCAGAAGUAAAGAUGACAGAAGAAAAGAAAGAGACACAUGGUCCAAGAAGAGAGGACCGGUGUUAUUAAG